GUUGUUGUCAGUGGAGUAGUAGUUGUCAUACCUCCAGUAAUUGAAUUUCAUAUCAAACAUCGUCAUCUUCAUAAAAAGGAUGUUUGAUGUAACCAUGGCAACUACCGGGGCUUAUGACGCUGAUGUUGAAGAUAUCAGUAACGUAAAUCGGCCAGGAAAAGUAAUUGAUGAGUAUAAGUACUUUAUAGAUGGAGGGCGAAUGACGUUUAUUGAACAACUGGAGAACGUUGUUUCACCUCUUGAAGCAUGUUGCAUAGCUGUCGAAAUUUUCCAGGAUGCUUAUAAUCUGGCAAAUAAAGCUUUAGAGGAUUAUCAUUCUCGGAUGGCAAUUGUUAUUGAUAACCCUGUCAGAAGGAAGACGAAAAGUAUAUCUAGGAGAAGCUCAAUCUUUGCAUCAACUAAGAGGAAAAAAGACGUUGCUGUAACCAACACAGUGAGAGUACCGGAAAUGAAUUAUUUCAUUGAGCGAAGAGCUCACGUCGAAAACAUUGAAGACAUAUUGGAGGAAGUCAUGAACGAGUUCAAAAAGAAGCAGAAAAAGAUUUACAAAAAGAUCAACAAGAAAAAACACGAAGAUGUUCGCAGUUGUCUCAGCGAAUAUAUUCGUCAAUGUUGUCGGUUAUCCUGGGAGAUGGUCGUGUUAACUCCUCCAUUAGAAAUUGACCUGAAAAGUGGCAUCGGUAAAAAACAUAACCCUCUACGCCACGAAGUAUAUAUAGAUUAUACAAGAGGUCCAAAAAAGAAUGGACACGAUGGCGUAAUAGAGAAAUACCUAUGGCCAAUUAUGUCUCAGUCACAAUCGGACAAGAAGUUAGUUUGCUGUGUGAAAGGGAUUGUACUUUUGAAAUAA